AUGGGGUCGGCUGCUGGCUGCGUAAGGUGGGCGACUGUCUUGACAACGUCGUGGGUACUGGUGGCACCGCCAUCGCAGGCGCGGUUCUCCGUUACCCUGCCGCCGCCGCGAGGACCGGAUGACAGAUGCAGGGCCGUGACGAAGGUGGUGACGAACGGGCUCGUGCCGCUCCUCGAAGGCUUCACAGCAGGCGAGGGCGUCGGUCUCCUGCACGUCCUCAAUACCACUGCCUCACUAGCCGUAUCGUCAAUACCACCACCAACAACAACUGUGCAGGAGGCGGCAGGAACGGUGGGGGCGACAGCAGUGAGCCCAGCCCCCCCCGCCACGACCGUCGCGCUCACGAUACGAGACAGCAGCGCCGUGUGGGGGCAGGGGCAAGAGCUGUGGAUGUCCCUUGCCCAGGAAGAAGACACCAGCUGUGGUGGUAGCGCUGACGAUGACGCGCUCGCCAAAGUCCCGCGAGGAUCAGCCAGGUACGACUUCCUGGUGCUUUGGUGUGCGCCCCAACACGGUGAUGGCGUCAGCGCGAGCGGGGACAUCGAAGCAACGAGGGUAGACGGGGGGCUUACCCCAGGCAUUGAAAAUGGUGCUGGUGGGGGUGAUAGCGAAAGGCAAUCAGCGGCAGGAGUUGAGGGGGGGGAGCGGGGCCAAGACCGUGGCAUGGGGCCUUCGGGGGGACACGUCGUCGGCGAGCUCCGACCGUUGAACGAGUUUUCGGCUGCCCGGCAAGAAGCGUUAGAUGAGGCUCUUGUGACGGUCGGGGUUGACCCUAGGGAGUUGACGGAGGCGGACGAGUUCUUCGGAACGGCUGCUCUCAAGUCUUACAAUACGUUCGUGCGGCCCCGCCCUAAGCAGCUGGCGAAGGUGAUGCAAGAGCCAGUGGCAAGGGCGGCUCUUCGUACGGCCAGCCAGGUGGCCUUCCUGGUCCGGCGACAUCGUGCUGACCGCGCCGAGUACCUUCGGAACAAGGACGCUAGCAUGACGGAGGCCGAGAGGCGAGGCCUCGUGGCACACCCCGUGGCCCUCGUCUGCGACAACGUUAGGUCGGCGUAUAACGUGGGGUCGAUUUUCAGGUCGGCGGAUACCGCGAGAGUGGCGGAGGUGAUCACGUGCGGAUUCACGCCGCAUCCGGGGGGGCACGGGGAAGAAAAGGUGCGAAAGACGGGCUUCGGGAGCGUGGACGCGGUCGCCCACCGCCACUUCGAAGACCCCUCCGAGGCUGUCCGGUCCCUCAAGGCGGCGGGAGCCUUCGUCUGCGCCCUCGAGACCACCGACAACGCCUCCUCGCUCUUCGACGUGCGAUUCCCGCUGCCCCCCGCUCUCGAGGGCAAAGCCCGGCCGAAAAACGCCUCGGCUGUAGAUGCGGGAACGGCCGGCGGCGGGGACGUUGUGCGGGGUAGUUUCGCCGCUGAGGACAGCGAAAAUGAAGCGCGGGCCCCUAAGACAGAUGGACGCGCGGUGGAACGAUUAGACGGGGGUUCGAGAGGCGGCUUGGAGUUGGAGGAGGGGGGGGUUGUGGCUCUUGUCUUGGGCAACGAGGUGACGGGCGUAGACGAGAGGGUGCUUGGUCUGUGCGACCUUGUGGUGGAGGUGCCAGUGUUCGGGCUCAAGAAUUCCCUCAACGUGGCCUCUGCGGGCACGGUGGUUUUGUACGAGGUGCUCAGGCAGUGGUCGGUGGCGGGUCGACUUGCGGGGAGCGGGGACUGACUACCGUCUUGGCUGGUUUCUUAAAGAUUUUUGAGCGAAGCGCAAGCAUCAACACCUAGGCCUCGGGCAUGAUCCAAAAGAUGGGGGUGGCGGGGAAUCUGCUGACAGCCGCCGCUUUUUCCAAACGC